UGUGGAUUUAGAGCAUUACAGAUAUCUUUAUUUUUUAAUUGCUCUCACUACCAACAUAAUGAUUAUCUGCUUUAAUACAGUUAUAAUUUCUGUCAUAUACAAAAACAAAUGCCUUCAUGAGCCCAUGUACAUUUUCACUGCUGCUUUGCUUUGUAAUGCUCUCUUUGGAGCGACUGCUCUUUAUCCUAAACUGCUCAUUGAUUUACUUUCUGAAAAACAAAUAAUCUCUUUUGGAGCUUGUUUAUUUCAGGCAUUUUGCAUAUACACAUAUGGUGCAUCAGAGUUCAUGCUGUUAUCUGUUAUGGCCUAUGACAGAUAUGUGUCCAUCUGUAAACCUUUACCUUAUGCAUCUCUUCUAAAAACACUAGAAUCAGUUCAAAUUCCCCACAUUAUUGACAUGAUCCUGUCAGUUAGUCAUUCUGUUAUUACUCCUCUAAUUAAUCCUAUAAUAUAUGGAUUAAAACUGCAAGAGAUUUUUAAUAAUAUAAGGGGAUUAAUUUCAUUGGAAAAAUGGGCACAAGUUUCUUUUUAG